AUGAAGGAAGAAGAUGAAGAAAAAACCGCCUUUCACACAGACAAAGGGAUCUUUUGCUACCAAAAGAUGCAUUUUGGCCUCAAAAACGCGGGUGAAACCUAUCAACGUCUAGUUGAUAAGGCUUUUGCUAGUCAAAUUAGUAGAAACAUGGAGGCAUAUGUCGACGAUUUAGUAAUCAAAAGCAGAACGGAAUACCAAAUGCUGGACGACAUCCAAGAAACAUUCAAGAACCUAAGGAAGGUCAACAUGAAGCUCAACCCUGAAAAGUGCUCGUUCGGCAUAAAAGCCAAUCCAAACAAGGUGAAGGCUGUUCUUGAAACCAAGCCACCAAGAAGCAAAAAAGAGGUAGAAAGCUUAAAUGGGAAGCUUGCUGCCCUGAAGCGUUUUACCUCAGAAUUGGCUGAAAGUUCUUUACCUUUCUUCAAAACACUCAAAGGCUGCUCUGACAAAAAGGAUUUCAAGUGGACUGAAGAGGCUGAGGAAGCCUUCAACCAGAUGAAGCAACACCUAGCUUCACUCCCAGACAUUGCAGCCCCAGAAACGGGAGAGUUGAUCUCUGUAUACCUUUCGGUUGCUGAAGAAGCAAUAAGUGCGGUACUCACCAUUGAACGAGACAAAGUUCAGGUUGAAAAGCUCGAAGUCUUCACAGACUCGUUGCUGGUGUCAAGUCAAGUGAACGACAGUUAUGUUGCAAAGGAGCCAAAUAUGAAGAAAUACAAGGAAAAAUCCAAGGAAUUGAUGAACACCUUCCAAACAUGUACCAUCAAUCAAAUUCCCAGGUCUCGAAAUAAGAAAGCUGAUGCUCUAAGCAAAUUAGCUUCUCUCACCUUUGCCCACCUAACAAAAAAGGUGUUGGUAGAAGUGUUGAAAACUCCAUCGAUCGAAGAGUUGGAAGUUCAAGACGUAAUCACCGAAGAAGGCACCAAUUGGAUGACUCCAAUUAAAAAAUUACUUAAAAAUGGUGAGUUACCUACUGAUCAAGCAGAAGCUGAAAGGGUUAAGGUCAAGUCUAGACAAUACGUGUUGCAAGGGGAAAUACUCUACAAAAAGGGUUACCUUGCACCCUUGCUAAGAUGUGUCGGCGCCGAACAAAGCAAGUACUUGAUCAAAGAGGUUCAUGAAGGUAUAUGCAGAGCUCAUUUUGGGGCAAGAACGGUGGUUGCUGAAUUAAUGAACCUUGGGUAUUUUUGGCCCUCCAUGCACCGAGACACCACUGAGCAACUAAGGAAGUGUGAUUCUUGCCAAAUUCAUGCACCAGUCUCGAAAAGUCCCAAGCAUGAUCUUGUCCCGAUAACCUCAACAUGGCCAUUUUAUAAAUGGGGGAUGGACAUCAUUGGUCCAUUCCCCCAGCAAAAGAUCAUUGAUUUCAUUUGGGAGAACAUCAUUUGUCGCUAUGGAUUGCCGGGAGUGCUUGUUACCGAUAAUGGAAAGCAAUUCGCUGAGAAGCCUUUCAGCGUUUGGUGCAAAGAAUUCAAAAUCGCUCAGGUUUUCAGCUCAGUGGCAUAUCCACAGUCAAACGGUCAGCUUGAAAGGAUGAAUCGAAUCAUAGUUGAAGGAAUCAAAGCCAAAUUGGGAAGGUAUGAAAGCAAUUGGCUUGAAGAAUUGCCAAGUGUUCUAUGGGCCAUAAGAACAACCGAAAAAACAAGACACAAAAGAACACCUUACAGCUUGGUAUUUAGAUCUGAAGCCGUGAUUCCAGCUGAAGUAGGAGUUGUAACACAAAGAACGGUCAACAUGGAUUCCGAAGCAAACCAAAAAGAGACCAUGUUGAACUUACAACUCCUACAGGAAGCACGAGACCAAGCUGCAAUCCAAGAAGCCAAGUACAAACAAGUGAUGGAAGCCUAUUACAACAAAAGAGUCAAGCACGAACGCUUCAAGCCAGGAGACCUGGUGCUUAGAAACAAUGAGGCUAGUAAAAAAGAGAACCAAGGAAAACUCGGCCCAAAAUAG